GCUGAGCUGAUCCCACGUGUGACGCUGUCGUUCCCGGCUCAGUAAUAUUCUCAUAGCGGGGCUUUGCAUAUCUCCUGCCUGGCACUGUGUCUCUCACUCUCACGGUAGUCCCAGCCGAUAGUUUUUUUGGAAUAGCUAUGGAAGGAGACGGGAGUCAAGCCACAUCCGGAAACCUAAAUGACUCACACCAUGACCCCGGUAAAAUGUUUAUCGGUGGUCUCAGCUGGCAAACCUCACCAGACAGCCUUCGAGACUAUUUUAGCAAAUUUGGAGAGAUAAGAGAAUGUAUGGUGAUGAGAGACCCCACGACGAAACGCUCAAGAGGAUUUGGAUUUGUUACAUUUACAGAUGCUGCCAGCGUAGAUAAAGUCUUAGCUCAACAACACCACGAAUUAGACUCAAAGACGAUUGAUCCUAAGGUUGCCUUUCCACGUCGCGCCCAGCCUAAGAUGGUCACAAGAACAAAGAAAAUAUUUGUUGGUGGCCUUUCAGCCAAUACAGUAGUGGAAGAUGUGAAGCAGUAUUUUGAACAGUUUGGGAAGGUGGAUGACGCCAUGCUUAUGUUUGAUAAGACUACGAACAGACAUAGAGGAUUUGGUUUCAUAACUUUUGAGAGUGAAGACAUCGUUGAGAAAGUCUGUGACAUUCAUUUUCAUGAAAUCAAUAAUAAAAUGGUAGAAUGUAAGAAGGCCCAGCCCAAGGAGGUGAUGUUCCCGCCAGGAACACGAGGGCGAGCCAGGGGUCUGCCCUACACCAUGGAUGCCUUCAUGCUGGGAAUGGGCAUGCUGAGUUACCCGAAUAUUGUGGCCACGUAUGGCCGUGGAUACACUGGAUUCGCACCCAGCUACAGUUACCAGUUUCCUGGCUUCCCAGCGACAGCAUACGGACCGGUGGCGGCGGCGGCAGUAGCAGCAGCAGCGCGUGGCUCAGGUAGGGGGGCCCGUGGAAGAGGCGGCUACUUGGCGUACCCACAGAGCACAGGGCCAGGCCUCCCCGAUUAUGGGUUUUACUCUGCGCCCAGUGACCAGAGGGGGGGGCCCUGCUCCUUUGCUGACUAUGGCUCCCUGGGGCCCCAGGCGGCUCAGAUGCUGCACAGUGAGCAUGCCACCUCCGCCUGCAACUCCCCCCUCCAGCACCUACACAGCCCGGAUCAGUUUAAGAACCCAGGCGCCAACCCGUCAAGGCCCGGAGCUUUCCACGGCGCCAACAGCCCAGGGCCUGUGGCAGAUCUGUACGGACCCAACAGCCAGGACUCAGCUGUGGGCAACUACAUAAGCGCCGCCAGCCCUCAGCCCGGUUCCGGGUUUGGCCCCAGCAUCACCGGCCCCUUGAUUGCGACAGCUUUUACAAAUGGAUACCAUUGAACAGGUGGCCCGCUUGCCAUCUCAUCAGAGGUGGCGCUACUGAGACACGGCGGACAGGCUAAAGGAGCGAAAGUGGUAACCACGUGAAGAAGAAGAAGAAAAGAAAGCGCUGAGUCACCUCAGAAAAAGAACAACUGCUGUACAAUAUUCCAAACCUCCUAUAACGUCGGCGCCUGCUUUGGUUUGAUGUUCCACGUCUUUUUCCUCUCCUGUGUUUGGUUGCUUUUAGUUCCACACGACCUCCGUGUCCUUCUUUUAUUUGGCAGGCGGCAUAGCAAAGAAAAUCUGCUCGUAACGUCUUUGUCUUGUUAGCUUGAAGGAGAAAAUCACAUUCAGGCUCUAACUGAAAAAAAUAAUAAUAAUGAAGUCGCUGUGCAAGGUUUGUAGAUUUGAAAAAAAAAACAACAAAAAAAAUCAAUUUUAGGUCAAAUCGGAUACGAGGGUAUCAAAGUAAUAAAUCUUAGUAGUGCUUUUAUUUCUUGUGACGUCUCAUUGUUGACCAUGAUGACCUACUUUUGGGCAAUACAAAGAGGACUCCAAUAUUUUUAUGGUCCUUUUUUAUAAGUGUUGGGUUCUUUUUGAUGUUUAGAAAUAUAUAAAUAUAAAUAUAUAUAUAAAUAUAUAUAUAUAUAUAUGCUAUAACAAAUUUCAUAUAACGACAUUGUGAGUUGAAAGUUGAGAAAAAAGAAAUGUAGCUGUACAUAUUAUUCCAUCAUAUAACCAACUCAGUGAGAGAAUAGCAUAUUUUUGUGAUGGUGUGUCCAAGAACAUGUGUGAAUCUUAUUAUUAUUAUUAUUAUUAUUAUUAUUUGUCUCUCCCGCUGCUGACAGCAACACAACACAUUUGCUGUGUAAAUAAGCCGAGCGCAACCAUUUUACAAAGUGUCAAACCAGCAAACUUCCAUUUUUUGAAUUUCAGAAAAAAAACAAGAAAAAAAGCAAAAUGACAGCCAAAAAAGAUCUGGAUUGUUCAACUGAGAAGAAACAAAACCAAACUGAUUUGAAUCCAAAGCACAGUGUAGUACUUUUACAUUACAUGUUGUGCACACCUGGACACUUUUCUACUCCUCUUGGUUGGCUUUCUUUUUCAUCCCGCUCCUUCCCAGAUUCUUUUUGGGAAUAUUUGGGCUCAGUCUGCUUCUUUUUUUGCUUUUCUUAUGAUUUUUGGACUGAAUUAGGAAAGGUUUUUUGAUACCAUACCUCAGCCUUGUGAAUUGUGGAGCGCCAGGCAGGUUGAAUUUAUUGUCCCGUGAAUGGAAGGAGAAAAAAAAACAAAAAAAACACUGAAAAGUUUCCGAGCAAUCGUUGCACUGUGAGUAGUGAAGUUCUUUGCACAUUUUCAUAACAUGCUUGGGAUUUCUCCGACUUAACGGCUGGCUUAAGAACAGCUGACAUGUUUGAUCAGACCCAUCUGACGCUAUUUAUUCCGGGUCACACACUGAACAACACACACCUUUUUCUCGCAGUAAUACAGUGGGUAGGGGAUCCAUAUGGCCCCAUUCGUCGCGGUUUACCUGACACAUGAAACGUGACGUAUUGGAGAGUUCAAUAUCUUAAAAUGUGUUUUGUGGCAAUUCCGACUUUGACCACAGUCUCAGCUGCUCCGUAGAGUGGCGCUUUCCGUCAUUUUCAGCAGACUGCAUUGCCAAAUAUUUAACCCCCCCCCUGGUAAGCUCAACCCAGGAAGGAGGCCAUAUGAAUCCCCAACAACAAAAACGCGCUCUCGUCUGUGUCUUUUUCAUGGACCGAGCCGACGGUGCGUAUCGCUCAACUUUGUAGCCUUUCACAUUUCAAACAUUUCUUUUUGCAAUCAACCAGGUCAGGAUCCUGGAUACUUUUAACGGUAUGGCGUUGUGAUCAAUUUAAAGGACAAAAAAAAAAAAUGUAAUUGUAAUGUUCUCAUGUUAAAAAAAAAAAAAGUUAAAAAAAAAGAUGCUUCUUUGCUGAUUUUGUUGUGGUUUCUCUAUGAAUACUAAUUGUACUUCUACUAUUAAAAUGUACUGUGCAUCCAUUGCUUUCUCUCUCCAUCCUCUGAGGUUGUUUUGUUGCUCAUUCAUGUAAUCAUGGGUGUGUAAAGAAAUACCUUGUAAACACAGUGCUGUCUUUGCUAGCAGUCUAGUGCUUCAUUGUUGUUCUUCUCCCUCCCCCGGCCCCCGCCUCUAAGUACAAGUAGAUGUUCUGAGUAUGCUAGUAGUAGUGAGUGUAGUGACCUCCUAGGACCAGUCAGAUAUACAGUAGACCUUUCUCUCCGUCACCAUCUUCAAACUUGGACCUUUUUGUUUAGGCUCCCGAUUUUUUGCCCUCGUCCUCUCUCGCGUGGUUUCAGCCAACCAAAGCUCUCGUGGAUGGACGAUAGAGAGAAAGAAAAUACAAAUAAAAAUACUUGCUGGGAGGUGGAAUUGUACACAAGGCAUUAUUUGGAUAACCCACCCUUGAAUGUUUUUAAAGGGGUGUGCCAUACUACCUUAAAUGCUAACGCUAGAUAUGCAAAACCUUGUUUUUACAGAAUGGUAGAAGCAGUCGCUUCAUAAAAAGUGUCGUUUUCUUCAGAUUCACGGGCAUUAAUAUUGUGAGAGACAAACUGGUGCAUCCAACCUCAAAUAAUGGCCAAAUAGGUGUCUUAACUCAACUGCAGAGAGAACACGACGGUACUUUCUCUAAUAAGCCACGCGUUUAUUCCAGCGUCUGAGGCCUUGCUGAAGUGUUAGGAAUAGGAAUUGUACGCGACAAAGCCCAAGUAUGUCAGGAUGUGCGUACUUUUGUCCGCUACAGAGACAUAAGACAAGUAUUUCUUCACGUAACGUGGAUACUUGUGUGGUUUGUUACAAGCCGGCCUGAUUCACACACACCUGGGAAGUGAGGCGUUCUUUGUGCAGGCGUCCAAACAGUGCCAAAGUCCUCACGCGUGAAAACUGCAGACUCGUUUUAUGCAUGCACACUGAGAGAGGCCACGCCCACGCUGAGUGUGGUUUUAACACGUGAAUACUUUGCCACUGUUUUGGCGCCAUACAGAAUAUGCUAACUUUCUAGGUGGUGUCUUUUUGCCCGCGCUCGGACUAUGUUUGCGCUCGCAACGUAUCUUUCUGUUUCUCCACGAGCGUGAAGUUUCAUCCUUUCAGUAUUAGAGUCGGGCAUUGAAGAUACCGCCCAGCAACACCCACUCCUUUCUGAUUGGUCACUUCAAACGCGCAGAUAGUGGUUUUUACGAGUGAGGAUUUUGGUACUGUUUGGACUGAUGCCAAAGUCCUUCUUUAAACCUUGUGCAAGCGUAACAUUGACUAUACACACUUACUCCUGGUACCCAAAGUCUAACAUUGACUAUACACACUUACUCCUAGGAACCAAAAGUCUAACGUGGACUAUACGCAGUUACUCCUAGGAACCAAAAGUCUAACGUUGACUAUACGCAGUUACUCCUAGGAACCAAAAGUCUAACGUUGACUAUACGCAGUUUCUCCUAGGAACCAAAAGUCUAACAUUGACUAUACGCACUUACUCCUAGGAACCAAAAGUCUAACGUUGACUAUACGCACUUACUCCUUGAAACCAAAAGUCUAACGUUGACUAUACGCAGUUACUCAUAGGAACCAAAAGUGUAACAUUGACUAUACACACUUACUCCUAGGAACCAAAAGUGUAGCAUUGACUAUACACACUCCUAGGAACCAAAAGUGUAACAUUGACUAUACACACUCCUAUGAACCAAAAGUGUAACAUUGACUAUACACACUUACUCCUAGGAACCAAAAGUCUAACGUUGACUAUACGCAGUUACUCCUAGGAACCAAAAGUGUAACAUUGACUAUACACACUCCUAGGAACCAAAAGUGUAACAUUGACUAUACGCACUUACUCCUAGGAACCAAACGUGUAACAUUGACUAUACACACUUACUCCUAGGAACCAAAAGUCUAACGUUGACUAUACGCAGUUACUCCUAGGAACCAAAAGUUUAACGUUGACUAUACGCACUUAUUCCUAGGAACCAAACGUGUAACAUUGACUAUACGCAGUUACUCCUAGGAACCAAAAGUGUAACAUUGACUAUACACACUCCUAGGAACCAAAAGUGUAACAUUGACUAUACACACUUACUCCUAGGAACCAAAAGUCUAACGUUGACUAUACACAGUUACUCCUAGGAACCAAAAGUGUAACAUUGACUAUACACACUCCUAGGAACCAAAAGUGUAACAUUGACUAUACGCACUUACUCCUAGGAACCAAAAGUCUAACGUUGACUAUACGCAGUUACUCCUAGGAACCAAAAGUUUAACGUUGACUAUACACACUUACUCCUAGGAACCAAAAGUCUAACAUUGACUAUACGCAGUUACUCCUAGGAACCAAAAGUGUAACAUUGACUAUACACACUUACUCCUAGGAAGCAAAAGUGUAACAUUGACUAUACACACUUACUCCUAGGAAGCAAAAGUCUAACGUUGACUAUACACACUUACUCCUAGGAACCAAAAGUAACAUUGACUAUACGCAGUUACUCCUAGGAACCAAAAGUCUAACAUUGACUAUACGCAGUUACUCCUAGGAACCAAAAGUCUAACGUUGACUAUACGCAGUUACUCCUAGGAACCAAAAGUCUAACGUUGACUAUACGCAGUUACUCCUAGGAACCAAAAGUCUAACGUUGACUAUACACAGUUACUCCUAGGAACCAAAAGUCUAACAUUGAUUAUACGCAGUUACUCCUAGGAACCAAAAGUCUAACAUUGACUAUACGCAGUUACUCCUAGGAACCAAAAGUCUAACGUUGACUAUACACACUCCUAGGAACCAAAAGUGUAACAUUGACUAUACACACUCCUAGGAACCAAAAGUGUAACAUUGACUAUACACACUUACUCCUAGGAACCAAAAGUCUAACAUUGACUAUACACACUCCUAGGAACCAAAAGUGUAACAUUGACUAUACACACUUACUCCUAGGAACCAAAAGUCUAACGUUGACUAUACACACUCCUAGGAACCAAAAGUGUAACAUUGACUAUUCACACUCCUAGGAACCAAAAGUGUAACAUUGACUAUACGCAGUUACUCCUAGGAACCAAAAGUCUAACAUUGACUAUACACACUUACUCCUAGGAACCAAAAGGGACAUGCUCUUGAAAGUGUAAUAAGUCAGCCAUCUUUUUUUAUUUUAUUUGUUUUACUUUCAACUGUAGAAAUCUUUGAACAAUUUCAGAUCUAUCUGUUUACACAAAGUUGUUGUUAUGUUUUAUAAUGUUUUUGUCAAAACUAGUUUUAUUAUAGUGGGAAAAUGCACAAUAUGCCAUAUUUCUAAAACAAUUAUAAAUUGCAAGUGUAAUAUUUAAAGUUGGGUAAUAAGUGGUCAAUAACGUAUGACAAAAUAGAUUUUGAUACGACAGACAAAAAAAAAAAAUUCACAGUGCUUACUGAGCUAGAAUGAGAGAGAACGCAGGUAUGACUUGGUUGAGUUUACUGACUGAGCAAGUCUUUUAUAUCUAUCUGCCAUGUUACAUCCCAGCAGGAAACAAUGUUGCAAAAUAUUUUUCUUUGUAAACUGAGACAACAUUGAUGUCUAACGUUGGAUCAAAUGACCAAAAUUCAACGGUCAAAUCAGCAUCAGAACCCGACAUUGAUUAAACGUUGUCAAAGAGCAUGUUGUUUCAAUGUUAGGUCUGAGUUGGUCAACGUCAGGACCUAAAUCUACAACUUAUCAGUGUUGUUUCAAUGUUCUGUGCCUGCUGGGAAAUAACUUCUAAAAUUUGCAUUGCAUUUCCGUGGUUUAAUGGGACUUUAAUUCAUUUACGCUUAUCAAAGCUCUGAGACUUAUCCAUCAUGGUUUUCUGGUGGUUAAGGGGCACAAUUACACCUAAUCAACAUUUUCUUGUUUUUCAGUCAGCAAGAAUGAGAUUUUUUUGGUUUUCGUGGAAAAAGCAUAGUAAUACACCAGGAUCAGUCUGUUAAAAAAUAGCAGUUGUAAUCGGAGUCAAUGGGGCCGAAAGAGGUCUUAAGAGAAAGUGUGUAUACUUUAUGUUUAUAUAUCCUAUUCUAAGAAUGUUGCAAUCAAUUUUAGAAAGAAAAAAAGUCUUAACCUUCAAACUGAACAAUCGUAUCACAAAAGGAACGCAUGUAAUGCCCGUUUAGGGCCCUACGGUUGCACAAGGGUUAAGUUCUUUGGUUGUUGAAGUCACGGCGUCAAAUAGAGCAGAGGCCACUAUUUGAGGAUGUCAAUAAAUGAUAUAAUCAUCCCGACCUUAUCCAUCAAGGAGGCAAACAUUUCAAGAAACAAGGCCAGCAUUCACUUCAGUUGCUACUUUCCGUGAUUGGAAGUAGCUAUUUUUGCCUUCAGUGUGACAGGGUACAAGAAAGUGUUCCUUCUGUUUAUUGUAACUUGAGUUUGUUGGAAAGACUUGAAGGUUUUUUUGCCACCACUGGCCUCCAUAGCGAUAGUAAUACUAGUAGUAGUACUCUUAGCCACGCAGUAGCUUGGACUUUAAGGUAGCAUGGCUCUGUUGCUCUCGUUCCGUCUCCAACUGACAGCGCUUUGCAGCUGAUGAAUGUUACUCAUUUUUAGUCGACUUAGCUUCUCCGUUCAGGGAGAGGGGAGGGGGACUUGGUUUAUGAAAAAAAAAAAUGUAUUAAAAAAAAGAGAAAAAAAAAGAAAAAACAGAAGUCCACCGGAAAGGUGUUGACAUUUGUAGUGUACUACCGUAUCCAUUGAAACUUGAAUCUUGAGGCAAGUGCUAGGCAAUGACCACACUUCACGUAGCUCGUCCUGCACACACACUGACUUUUCUGUCAUCUUGUUGCUUCCACAAGCAGCAGAUCCACGUCCAGUUGCAAUUAGAAGCCAAAUAGACCGACUGGACUUCUUGCACCAACACAAUCAGCUGCUCUUUAACGGCGUGAAGCCUUCAAGAUGACAGAAGAAGCACUGUUGUCUUCUUAGGGUGACUUGAAACCAUCACCACCUCCCAUGCAAUAGACAUUCAUGUGUACUAGGUUUCCUUUAGCUCACGUAGGUACUGUCACACAGCUGGAGUCCAUCACAGGUGCAUUGUGGGACUUGGAAGUGCUUCCAACGUCCAACGCCAUUCCUAACACUUGCCCCCCUUUUUUCGUUUUUUAUUCUGUUAACCGACUUUUUAUGGCGAGAGACAGACAGACAGACUUGACUGACACCUGAAAGCAUCUUUCAGGUUACCAUAUAGGCUUGCUGAAGCCCUGUUGUAAAAUAUACGGAAAAUAAUAAUGGAUGGAUGGAUGGGGGUCUCUCACAUAUCAAAUGUGGAAAGUCUAAUUUUAUAUUUGUAUUUUCAAAUAAUAAUAUUGACAAAAAAUUGUCUGUGAAAGGUUUCCAUCCUCUACUGUGGUCCAGAAAUUGAUGUGUCUGUCUGGAAAAUAAAUACAAUAAACUGAAUUGUUAUAUGA